GACCUUUUAGCACUUGCCCAUCUUCGAAUUAAAGGUCUUCUGCUAUUUAUUUUGAGGCCAGGCAAGAUUUGGGGUCUACAACUGUCCCCCCCCCCCCCGCUUCACCUGACUAGCCAACUGUUUGCCUGUUAUGCCAAAAAGAUCGGAUGGAGGGUGAAGGAGUUAACCCUCUUGCCCGAGUGUCCUUCGGGUGCUCCGUCUUGCGGUGGCCGACCCUCCGGACAAAAAAAUGUUGUGAGCCUCCAGGAUGCUCCUUCUUGCGGUAGCCGACCCCUUUGGUUGACACGUGGUAGAACCUCAGGAUGCUCCUUCUUGCGGUAG